CCUGUGUGGCCUUGGCCCGGUCGGAGACGAUGGCCGUGCAGGCGGCCCGGUUGUCGGCGAGGCUGCUGCAGCAGGAGAAAGAGAUUAAAUUUCUGACCACCGAAAUCGAUCGAUUGAAAAACUUUGGAAGUUUAGGAAUUUCUCCGGGUGUGGAGCAGCUGCGAGACGAAAACACAAAGCUCAAGUAUAGACUGAACGUGCUCCGAAAGAGUCUUCAAGAAGAAAGGAAUAAACCCACUAAAAGCAUGAUCAACAUCAAUAGCCGCUUACAAGAAGUCUUUGGUUAUGCUAUCAAGGCUGCAUAUCCAGAUUUGGAAAACCCUCCCUUGGCAGUCACACCAAGCCAGCAGUCCAAGUUUGGAGAUUAUCAAUGUAACAGUGCUAUGAGCAUCACACAGAUGCUGCAGAAAACAAAGGAACAGAAAGUAAACCCAAGAGAAAUUGCAGAAAUGAUUACCAGAAAUCUUCCAGAAAAUGAUUACAUCGACAAAGUUGAGAUUGCUGGUCCUGGUUUUAUAAAUGUCCACCUAAGAAAGAGUUUUGUAUCAAAACAACUCACUAAUCUGUUGGUGAAUGGAGUUCAGCCACCUGCUCUGGGGGAGAUAAAAAAGGUUGUAGUUGACUUUUCUUCUCCAAACAUCGCCAAAGAGAUGCACGUUGGGCACCUGAGAUCCACAAUCAUCGGAGACAGUAUGUGCCGGCUCUUUGAGUUUGUGGGCUAUGAUGUCCUGAGGUUAAAUCAUCUAGGAGAUUGGGGGACCCAGUUUGGCAUGCUCAUUGCUCACCUUCAAGAUAAAUUUCCAGACUACCUGACUGUUUCACCUCCCAUAGGUGAUCUCCAGGCCUUUUAUAAGGAAUCCAAGAAGCGGUUUGACACUGAGGAAGAAUUCAAAAAACGGGCGUACCAGUGUGUGGUUUUACUGCAGAGUAAAGCACCCGAGAUCACCAAAGCUUGGAAGAUGAUCUGCGAUGUGUCUCGCCAAGAGUUCAACAAAAUCUAUGAUGCUUUGGACAUUUCGAUAAUAGAGAGGGGGGAAUCUUUCUAUCAAGAUAGGAUGACUGAUGUUGUGAAGGAAUUUGAAGAAAGAGGGUUUGUGGAGGUGGAUGAUGGACGAAAGAUUGUGUUUGUUCCCGGGUGUCCAGUCCCCUUAACGAUAGUAAAAUCAGAUGGGGGUUAUACCUAUGACACCUCUGACUUAGCUGCUGUUAAGCAACGGCUAUUUGAGGAGAAGGCAAAUAUAAUCGUAUACGUGAUCGACAGUGGCCAGUCUGUGCACUUGCAGACGGUGUUUGCAGCAGCUAAGAUGAUCGGUUGGUAUGAUCCCCAGGAAACCAGAAUAGUACAUGCUGGGUUUGGAGUGGUGCUGGGAGAAGACAAGAAGAAGUUUAAAACUCGCUCAGGUGACACAGUACGUCUCAUGGACCUCCUAGAGGAAGGACUGAAACGAUCCAUGGAUAAACUAAAGGAAAAAGAGAGAGAUAAGGUCUUAACCCCAGAGGAACUCAGAACUGCCCAGACUUCAGUUGCUUUUGGCUGCAUCAAAUAUGCUGAUCUUUCUCACAACCGGAUGAAUGACUACAUCUUCUCCUUCGACAAAAUGCUAGAUGACAGAGGAAACACAGCUGCUUAUUUGCUCUAUGCCUUCACUAGAAUCAGAUCCAUAGCCCGUCUGGCUAAUAUUGAUGAAGAGAUGUUGCGGAAAGCUGCCCAAGAAACGGAGAUCCUUUUGGAUCAUGAAAAGGAAUGGAAACUGGGGCGAUGCAUUUUAAGGUUUCCAGAGAUCCUCCAGAAAAUUUUGGAUGACUUGUUUCUCCACACCCUCUGCGAUUAUAUCUAUGAGCUGGCGACCACCUUCACAGAAUUUUACGAUAGCUGUUACUGCGUGGAGAAAGACCGACAGACUGGUAAAAUUGUGAAGGUGAAUAUGUGGAGGAUGUUGUUGUGUGAAGCAACUGCUGCCAUCAUGGCCAAAGGAUUUGAUAUCCUGGGAAUCAAGCCUGUCCAGAGGAUGUAAUUGCAACUGUUUGAACCCUUUCUAUUUUUAUCAAAAUGAUUAUUAGCACUGCUUGCUUUUUUAUAGUAAUCAUGUGGAUAAGAUUUGGAAACCAUGGCUAAAUUAAAAAUAAUUGUCGAUUAUG